AUGAGUCCGGCAUCCAACCUCCAUGUUCCUUUGGCAUUGCCUCCAAACACCAGUCUGGAUGCCUUUUCACGGUUCAUUGCUGCCAGCGAAGGAAUCGUCGGUCGAGAAAAUAUCCGCAUCGUGGAAUCGAAAGAGGAGUUGGAUGAUGGCUCCUACUACGAGCCACCCAAGACGCAUGACCCCCAUCAUGUUCUGGACCAGGAUCACUUCCUGGCCUCGGCAGUCAUCAACCCAAGGUCGGUACCAGAAGUCCAGAGCCUCAUGAAACUGGCAAAUGAGUACAGAAUCCCUGUGUGGCCAAUAUCCAUUGGACGGAAUUCUGGAUAUGGAGGAGCUGCUCCUCGGCUUCGGGGUAGUGUCGUCUUGGAUAUGGGUAAACACAUGAACCGGAUUUUGGAAGUGGAUGUCGAUGGUGCCUAUGCUGUUGUGGAGCCCGGUGUGACUUUCGCUGAUCUACACGAGUACUUGAUUAAGCACGAACUGAGAGAUAAAUUAUGGAUUGAUGUGCCGGACAUCGGCGGUGGAUCAGUACUGGGAAAUGCCUUGGAGCGAGGAGUAGGAUAUACCCCAUACGGUGAUCAUUGGAUGAUGCACAGUGGAUUGGAAGUUAUCCUGCCUUCAGGUGAACUGCUGCGCACAGGGAUGGGGGCUUUGCCGCAAAAUCCCUUAAAGUCAGGAAACCCUAUUAACGAGGAUCCUGGAAACAAAUGCUGGCAGCUGUUUCCAUAUGGAUUUGGUCCGUAUAAUGAUGGACUAUUUUCUCAGAGCAAUUUGGGCAUUGUAACGAAGAUGGGAAUCUGGUUAAUGCCAAACCCUGGUGGAUACCAAGCCUAUAUGAUCACACUUCCCAGGGAUGAAGAUCUACAUCGUGCAGUUGACAUCAUUCGACCCCUUAGACUGCAAAUGAUUCUUCAAAAUGUUCCCACACUACGACACAUCCUACUCGAUGCUGCUGUCCUCGCCCCGAAGGAAAAGUACACCUCGGACCCGACAAAGCCACUGGGCGAAGCCGAACUUGAUGCAAUUGCAAGGAAGCUGAACCUUGGCCGGUGGAACUUUUAUGGUGCCCUUUACGGGCCGGAAGAAAUUCGCAACACAAACUGGUCGUUGGUCAAAAAGGCUUUUUCGUCUAUUGAGGGGGCCCAAUUCUUUUUCCCUGAGGAUGUCAAAGACUACUCCGUCCUUCACACACGUGAGAAGACCUUACAGGGCAUUCCAACGUACGAUGAACUCCGAUGGAUUGACUGGGUGCCCAAUGGAGCCCACCUGUUUUUCUCCCCUAUCAGCAAGAUCUCUGGAGACGAUGCUAUGUUACAGUAUUCGGUCACCAAGAAACGCUGCCAAGAGGCUGGACUAGAUUUUAUGGGCACUUUCACUGUUGGCAUGCGAGAGAUGCAUCAUAUUGUGUGUAUUGUAUUCAACCGUAAAGAUUCUUUAUCCAAGAAGAAGGCGCAUUGGUUGAUCAAAACCCUGAUCGCGGACUGUGCUAAGCAUGGCUGGGGUGAAUACCGCACGCAUCUAGCGCUCAUGGACCAGAUUGCAGAGACAUAUAACUGGAACAACAAUGCGCAGAUGCGAUUCAACGAGACGGUGAAGAAUGCUCUCGAUCCACAGGGAAUCUUGGCUCCUGGUAAGAAUGGGGUGUGGCCUUCUAAAUACGGUAGACGGCAGUACAAGCUCUGA